AUGUCCGACACUCUUUCUGCGCCAACAUGGGACAAACCCCACCCUAGGCUCGAUAGCAUGCCCGUGGAAAUCUUUGAGAAGAUCAUUGGCUUCACGAUCCCAGACAACUUGGACCUCUGCAUCAGCAAUAUGUUCCACCGGAAGAUGACAUCGAUCUGUUGGUCGCCGGACUGGGUUUCAACAUUGCGAAUAGUCUCCCGUCGCUUUCGUCAGGUCGCACAGGUCGCGAUGGUUGAUCGCUGUGGUUUUCACUUCACUCUGGGAGACCGAGCCUUGCGAGAGUCACUCUCCCUUCCCAUAGGGCGUGAGGUACUCCGUAGCAGGAUAAGAGACUGGCUUAAGACCUCGGCAGAGCUUCCAACGGCGCAGUCGACACUCGCGGCUGCCGUGAACAAGACGAUGAAUGAGGAUUUCGAACACGUACAGAAAAAUCUGAACGGAUGGGCACGAGUUUUCACUAUGGAUCAAAGAAUCAGGAUUGGGGGAAAGUUCAUGGAAGAGGCACUCGACAUUAUGGAAUGCAAACGAGAGAUUGCCGAGUUGAAGCAACAGAUCGAUCUCGAAGAGCAGGAAGCUAGGUUCCUUGAGCACCUGUUCAAGUAG